CGCGCUCUCUGUAUGUGCCGUGCCCGCCUGUUGUGGAGCCCCGAUCAUAGAGCAAACAACAAACAGUGAGUGGCAUUCUGUGGACCCGACUGGACCGAGACAGAGGCGCGCUUCCGCCCGCGCGCUCGUCCACAGCCAGCAUGGAGCUCAGCCAGGUUGAGGCCGCGGUGGCCGAGCCCGUGAUGGCCGUGAGCGUGCGCGAGGCCUGGCACGAGUACGGGCGCUGGCGCCGCCGAGGCCGAGGACGACGCCGCCCCUCAGCCCCGGAGACCGUCCUGCAGGGCGUCAACAUGACGGUGCGCCGCGGCGAGGUGUACGCGCUGCUGGGACGCAGCGGCUGCGGCAAGACGACGCUGCUCCGCGCCCUGGUCGGGCAGCUCGCCCUGGACGACGGCGAGGUGCGCGUCUUCGGCCGCGCUCCGGGGGACCCCCUCGCCGGCGUGCCCGGCCGCGCCGUCGGGUACAUGCCGCAGGAGGUGGCCGUCCACGACGGCUUCACGGUCGGCGAGACGCUCGCCUUCUUCGGCCGCCUGAUGGGAAUGAAGUCCGCGGCCAUAAGGAAGUCCACCGACACGCUGGUGAGUGCGCUCCGCCUGCCCGGGUCGCACGAGCUCGUCGGCGCGCUCAGCGGCGGCGAGAAGCGGCGCGUCUCGCUGGCCGUCGCGAUGCUCCACGCCCCACCACUACUCGUACUGGACGAGCCCACCGUCGGCCUGGACCCUCUGCUGCGCCACAGGUAGGUUGGCCCCCGGCGGGAAGGGGCAGGGACGGAAAUGGCUGCGAGCGGUCUGCCUACUCCACGCCUGAAGCCCCCUGCUGCGGCCGGGUAGGCAGUCCCGCCGGGCACGGCUGCGCGUGGGCUGCCUACUCCGCGCCUGGGACCCCCUGCUGCGGCCGG